AUGUUGAUGGAAAUAGAAACAAAAGUUCUCAAAGGAAUUCUCAUUAUGGAAAUUAAUGGUAUUGUUUGUAUGUAAACUUGGUAAGAUUAGACACCCGUAGGAUUGCAGUAGUCCUCAUGUUUCAAAAUUGAGUUCAGACUGGGAAGAAGCAUAUCCUGUAAAAUAUUGAUGAUCUCUAGUGAGAUCUCCAUAGAUCUCACCUAAAAUAUGACUGUGUGUUCUGGGCUGAAUUGGAAACAAGGAAGGUGAUUAUUCCCCUCUACUCUGCCAUCAUGAGGCCCUAUCUGAAAUACUGUGCCCAGGUCUGGGGUCCCCAGCAUUCAGAAGAUGUGGAACUGUGGGAGCAUGUUCAGAGGAAGCCUCAAAGGUGGUCAGAGGGCUGGAGCACCUCUCCUACGGCACUUCAGUGAUUCUGGACCACUGUUGCUGAAAUGAUACUACAAAAAGCAGUUGUCACACUGAAUUUGUUGGAUGAAACCCCAAUAUUUUCUUUUACUCAAGUGGGUAAAAACCCCUAACUGCAGUUUACAUGUGUGGGUCAAUACGUUACUGCGUUAGUCAUUGUCUCUAUGCAGCAAUGACAAGGCUGGAAGAAGCAAACAGAGAAGUGAACAUGCAUUCAUCAGUCAGAUAUCUUGGCUAUCUUGCCAGAAUCGACUUGCUGGCUGCCGUUUGUAUGGGCCUUUAUGUCAGGUGGGAAAAAACUGCAGAUGCGCUGAUUUUGGUAAUAUUUAUUCUUGGACUGUUUGUUCUUGGAAUUGCCAGCAUACUGUACUACUAUUUUUCAAUGGAAACAGCAAGUUUGAGUCUCUCCAAUCUUUGGUUUGGUUUUUUGCUUGGCCUUCUCUGUUUUCUCAAUAAUUCUGCCUUCAAAAAUGAUGUGAAAGAAGAAGCUACUAAAUAUCUACUCCUUUCUGCCAUUGUUUUGAGGGUACUAUGUUCUUUGGUUGAGAGGAUUUGUGGAUGUAUCCAUCAUCGACCGACUCUGCUGACAACAGUUGAAUUUUUGGAACUAGUUGGAUUUGCAAUUGCCAGCACAACUAUGCUGGUAGAAAAAUCUAUGAGUAUUAUUCUGUUGGUUAUAGCUUUGGCCAUGCUGAUUAUUGACUUACGUAUGAAGUCUUUUUUGGCAAUUCCAAAUUUGGCCAUUUUUGGAGCCAUUGCAUCCUUACUCUUUUUUCCAUCACUGCAAAUUCCCACAAACCCUUUUGCCUUGGCCUGUUUCUUCAGCUGCCUGAUUUCGGAUCCCCUCCUCGAUGUCUACUUCAGUGGACUUUCAGUUACAGAACGAUGGAAGCCCUACCUGUACCGUGGUAAAAUCUGCAGAAGGCUUUCUGUCAUCUCAGUGGGAGUCAUUGAACUAAUCUUUUUCAUUCUUGCUGCCUUCAAGCUACGGUAUUUGGAUCUCUGGUACUUUGUGAUACCUGGCUUUUCUAUCUUUGGUAUUUUUUGGAUGAUCUGUCACGUGAUCUUUUUUAUAACUCUUUGGGGAUUUCACACAAAGUUAAAUGACUGUCAUAAAGUGUACUAUACCCACUGUGCAGAAAACAACAGCCUUGACAGAGUUAUGGCAUCUAAAGGAAUGCGUCACUUCUGUUUGAUUUCAAAACAGCUAGUAUUUUUCAGCCUUCUCGCAACUGCUGUUUUGGGGGCAGUUUCUUGGCAACCAUCCAACGGGAUCUUCAUGAGUGCAUUUCUCAUUGUUUUGCCUCUGGAGUCCAUGGCUCAUGGGCUGUUCCAUGAGUUGGGGAACUGUCUGGGAGGAACGUGUGUGGGGUAUGCUGUUGUGGUUCCCACCAACUUCUGCAGUCCUGACGGCCAGCCAACUCUUCUUCCACCUGAUCAUGUGCAAGAAUUAAACCUGAGAUCUACAGGCAUGCUUAAUGCCAUCCAAAGAUUUUUUGCAUAUCACAUGAUUGAGACAUAUGGUUGUGACUACUCCACAAGUGGACUGUCCUUUGAUACCCUUCACUCCAAGAUCAAGUCUUUUCUUGAACUUCGGACCGCAGAUGGACCCAGACAUGAUACAUAUAUUUUAUAUUACAGUGGUCACUCACAUGGCUCUGGGGAAUGGGCACUGGCAGGAGGUGAUGCUUUGCGACUUGACACACUUUUGGAGUGGUGGAGAGAAAAGAAUGGCACUUUUUGUUCUCGACUCAUCAUUGUUCUGGACUGUGAGAACUCUCAGCCUUGGGUUAAAGAAGUAAGAAAAGUAAACGACCAGUACGUCGCAGUGCAAGGAGCAGAGAUGGCCAGAGUUGUAGAUGUUGAGGAAGCAGACCCUCCACAGCUUGGAGACUUCACCAGGCAAUGGGUUGAGUACAACUGUAACCCUGACAGUAACAUCAGCUGGUCAGAAAAGGGACGUACAGUGAAAGCGGUGUACGGCGUGUCGAAACGCUGGAGUGACUAUACUCUGCACUUGCCAACAGGAAGUGAUGUUGCCAAGCACUGGAUGAUCUAUUUCCCACGUGUUACCUAUCCAUUAGUGCAUCUGGCAAACUGGUUUUGCGGUCUCAAUAUGUUCUGGGUCUGUAAAGCGUGUUUUAGGUGCUUGAAAAGAUUGAAAAUGAGUUGGUUUCUUCCUACAGUGUUGGACACGGGACAGGGUUUCAAACUCGUCAAAUCCUAAUUAGGAACCAAAGAGAAAAUGAAGUGAGGGCUCUGGGAACUUCCUCACAGGUUUUUUUAUAUGACUGUUUUCUUUGAAUAAAUCUGCUGCACUCACUUUGUUCAGCUCUUUGAGCAGCUACAGUAUAUGCAACAGUUAGAAACUGCAGUCUUAAACAGAAGAGGGUAGGACUAUAAUAUUUGUGUUUUGUUACUGGACUAUAUGUACAUAUGUAAGAGACUUCAUGAGACCAUGCAUUUUGGCAACAGUUUGCAUGUUCAUGUGUGCUACUUAAAGCAGCCUUUGUUCAGAAUUACCAGCGUGAAAGACAACAGCUCAUAUGAAUGUUAGAGCAUGCUUUUUUGUCAUUUAUAUCACUGUAAGAUUCAAGUACAGGAAAGGAAGCAAGCUAAUACUUAAAAUAUAUGUCCUUGAAGUUAUUUGGUGGGUUCAAGGAUAUUAUAGCACUGAGCCAAAAUUAAAAGAGAAGAAUGAGAAAUCAGUGUAGGUAAGUUGCAAGGGUCUUUAAUUUUAUUUUGUUACAUCUUCAGCUCCCACCUCGUUUUCUGCUGCCAUUGGUGGAAAUUUGCCACAGGAAGUUGGAUAACCUCAUGAUGUUAGGUGGAAUAAAAAGUGCACAGAGAGUUCUUUCUUCACUGGUCAGGGUAAUUCUGUGUUUUUCAGGCUCAUACUUGGUUCUAUUUUUGAAAAACUAUUCUGAAGAAAGAAAAACUGGGGAGGAAGCAAAGCCUAAGGAAUUUAACCAAGAAAAUCAUAUAUAGAUAAUAAGUGGAAGUACAAGUGCUGCCUUCCUUGCUUCCACAUUUAUCUGCACCUAAAGCUUCAAUGCUGUAAAAUGCUGAGUCCAGGAUUAGACCAGUGAGCUCACCUCAAAACAUAUCAGAGUCAUGAGCAAGCAGUUUGUCAGUAAGAUUAUUCCCAUAAGCCAGCACUGAACCUUGAAUAUUCCUUAACUCUGUUUUCCCAGCCACAAGGUGCUGGUCUUAAUCCUUCCUGUUGCAGAGUUGGAUGGGACUCCAGAAAGCCUGUCCCAGUGCUUUUCAGGGAAGCUGUGUAGCAGUUUUGUUUCGUUUGCAUAAGUACAGUAAAUCAGGAGUUAAAUGAAUGAGACACUAAGAUAGUAAAAUUGGUGCUGUUGCACACGUGUACAAUCCAGAAAAGUUCUUUUUUUCCAUCAGUAUUUUAAUAGGACUUUCAGGUGGUAGCUGAUAUUUAUUUAAAGUGUAGCAAUCGUAUUUUAAUUUCAAUGCAUAUUUUUAGAAGCUCUGUAAGUCUUUGUUUUCAAGGGCUUUUCUAAUUCCAUCUGACCUUCUCAGGCAGAGAUUCUGCUAACUUUGAUAUCUGUUAGUAAUUCAUGAAAACAAAAUGUUAUUGAAUUAUGAGAUCUGAAGUGGCCACAGUAAUUUGGACCCACUAACUUCCCAGUGGUGAUUUUGCAGGAUUUACGAGUGGAAGCCACUAAGUUUCUUCAUUGAUGAGUAUUGCACAACUUUAUUUAGCAAGAAAUUGCUCCUUCCCUCCCCCCUCCUUCCCCCCCCCUUUUGCUGCCUCAUCAUCAAAGAAGUGGGAAGUAGAUAAAGGAAUGAGAUGUGAAAUUUGACAUCCUACCAAGGGUCGGUUCCACUUGACCCUUCUUUAAGUAAGAGCCACUGGUACUCUGUCACCCAGAGGAGUGAACAGAGAGUAAUGGCACCAUCUCACUUCAGAUAUUGUAUUUAAGUUCCUAAAAUGGGGUUGGUACCAUCUUUUAACUUGCCUGAAAAUCAGACUGAAUUUGUGCUAGCAACCUGCACUGCUCCAUUGCUCAUUAACAAGGAGGAAUAAAUGUUCCUGGAGGAAGACUCAUUUGACCUGUUUUAGAAUGAAGCAAAUUUUCCACUGGUUGUGCCUAAUAGUUUUAUCUUGUUUUUACUUUCACAUGCCAAAGGUCAAGCAGACAAAUCCCUUACUUCUGUUAAAUAACUUUAGAGCGCUUCUGUUGCGAGUCAUCCUCAGGAGCCUCUCUGGGUACUUAAGCUCCUCACUCAUGCACCUAACUUGGAUUCUUACAGUUAGGCUAAACAGGAUCCGUCAAGGACCAGCAAAGAAGCACUACCUCUUCUGCAGAAGCCUUUCUCAGCCAUACCUUUGAGUGUGGAGAUAAGAAGUUUGCAAUAAGGCAACUAUUUGGCUUGUAAACUAUCAUUUCACUACUGUUGAUCUGAUUGCAUCACACACUGUUCAAAGUGGAGCACUAAUUAAGAUGAAUUUUUAACAAAGUUCAUUUAAAGCAAUAUUGUAAUAGUUGAUAGUUAGCCUGUAAACUUCUGAAAAUCGAGAAGUUAGUCCUUUUUAUUUUGGAAAAGUUUUGAACAUCACCACUUUUAAUUACAAUGGGUGCAUCUUAUUUUGUUUGUACCACUGUUACGUCAUUGUGACUGUCAGUCUGUAUCUUUCUACAAGAGGAACAGGGAAGCUUUGGAUUUCGAACCUCUCCUGAAUCUAUGAGCAGCCUAAUGUGAAAGAUGCGUUCUGCAGUGCAGUGGCACAGCUGUUUUUGUACAGAACAAAGAACGUUUGGUGCUGAUCUCUUGCCUCAGUUUGUUAAAUGGUUUCCAGGAUAUUUAUCAGGCUUGGAUUUCCUAUAGGACAGACUGGGUGGUUGUUAGCAGUUUGAAUAGUAAAUGAGUCGACUCUUCAGUCUGCUGAAAAGUUAUUCACAAAACUAAUCAUGCAUUAUCAGAUUUGUUUCUCAAAGAACUCUAGUUUUCUGAAUUUCUAACAGUUUUAACAUUAAGGUAUUCCUACUUUUGACUAUUUUUUUUUUAACAGCAAAGGCAUGGUGAAAAAUGCCAUUAUGUUUACAACCAUUUAAGACUGUGAGGCCUUUUAUUGGACAAAGAGACUGUAUUUUGUGAUUCAAAAGCCGGAGUGCAGGAUGAUGAGCCUCAGGAACUCAGCAGUAUUAAUUCACCACCUGUACACCACAGCCUGUAUUCCCAGGCGAGGACCAGGUGUGGGCAGAACUCUGUGCAGCUGCCCUCUGCUGAUGCCCAUCGCUGCUCUCUGCACCUUGAGAACACACCAGCAGCUCCACGUGGUGGUGGGAAUCACCUCUGCUGUGCCCUGUGUGCAAUGCAGAGGAAUUUAAACCCAAUUCCAAAGAAUGUUACAUAUGUUGGCGUUUGCAUGCAGGUUGUUUUUAUUUGGGGGUAACAUGCUUAAGAAUUUAUUGUGUGGGUUCAGAAAGUUAGGUCGUGGUCUAAACUUUGUUGGGUUUUGUGAGAUGUUUGUCUGUACCAAUAUUCAGAAAUUUUGUUAUAAAGGUUGCUGUAAGUUUGUAUCACAGCAGUAAUUUUAUGUUGACUUCAUUUCAUUUACCUCCUGUACAGGAUCUUUGCUGAAAUACAGAAAUGCACUAAGUCCUACAAACAUAAAUCUUUAAGAGAGUUCAGACUGGAACUUCACAAUGUUUUUCUCUGAACAAAUAUGGAGGUAAAGCCAUCUUCUGAAUAUUUGCACUACCAGAGUUAAGUAUUUGCAGUUCAUUGUGCUUUUUAUGCCUCAUGGUUGUCGUUGUCUGGCCUUUCCUAGAAAUAAUAAUUUCAUCAGUUUCAGUAAGUUUUCCCAUUAUUUUGCUAAGACCUAAUUAAUGCUAUGCUAGCUGUAAGCAUCUCUGUCACCAGCAGUGGACGAUGUAACUGGGUUAAAUUUCUUGUUUCUAAAUACUUUUCUGUGGGAGGAUUUUUACUGGACAUACUGAUUUUGCAUCUGUAAAUAGAUUUUGUGCGUGUGUGUAUUUGUGAUAUUACUUAAAUAUAUUUUGCUGGUUUGGAUGCUCA